AACCAUUUUCGCGCGGAAAACGACCGUAAGUUGAAGGUUGUUGUAUGUGGUGUAGGACGGUGUUUUGAAAAGUGUCAGUGGUUAUAUAAACCUGUAUCUGUCCUGAGGUGUAGCGGUGAAGUGCGAAUUAUUUUAAAACAACUGUGUUUAAUAAAUUAAUAAUUACUGUUUCAUAAGAGUUUCUGCAUCGUCUAUUUCUGAGGAUAAUGAAUGGAGCUCUCGGUUGCGGAAACCGUGUGUAGUGGUGUGAAUAUCACACCUCCAAAAUCUGCGAGGAAAAGGAUUUUAUUUACAGGGAGCCCUUCGGAUGAAAACAGUGAUGACACUUUGGGACACAUGUCACCUCUGAACUCAUCGUCUCCAGAUCGUUAUAGUUCACCUCCACCCUCUCCACAAUGGCUAGUGGAAACACCACCUAGGAAGUGUGUGCUCAACCAGUCGCCUUUGGGCCCAAUUCAGAGAAAAACAGAAAGCCCCAAAUCUCCAAGGAUUUUUUGUUUUGACCUUCAUGCAUCUUCAGUGCAGAAACUGCCACCAAAUAAAACUCAAGGAGACAGUCGAGGACAGGAUGAAAGAACAGUGGAACCAGUCACUGCUAUGGAACUAGUAGAAGAAAGCCCUAUAAAGGGUCCAUCGAACAUGGGUCUUAUGACACCUUUCAGAUGCCUUGCAGAUAAAGAAAACGAAGAUGAAGAAACCCCAAAACUAAAAUCACGAAAACUAGUAAUUGGAGAAAGUCCAGACAUUUUUUCAGCAGCUGCACCAAUAAAAAUGCUUCAGAAAGGUAAACCGGAUAAUGAGGCAGGCACAGUGCUGAAAUCUUCCCAUGCCUCCACAGAUGUUUGUAAAUUGAGUUCACUGCCAACUUCUUUCUUUUACCAUACUACUCGUGCUAGAGCAGCAUUAUUUACUGAACCUUUCUUCAAGUCCAAGAAUACUGUCUCCUCAGUUCUCAACAGCAAGAAAUGUAAGCGAUCAGUAAGUGCUGAGACUCAUUCACGUAUAUGUUUCUCUUUAUCCAGAUCAAGAAAUAAAGUAGUAAAACGCUAUAAACAUGGUGAAAUUAAUGCUGGUGUUCACCAUGGCAUUAAGAAAUAUAGAAAGAAGUUGUUGUACAAAUAUCCAGUUGACUCUGCACAACCUAAGAUUAGACCAGAAGACAGAAUAGACUCAUAUUUAAACAAAUUUGAGGAAUCCAAUAAAGGCACAAAAAAUUCCGAUAAAGGAAGAGAUGCUCAUUUUAUUCCCAGUCAUAGUAUACAAGCACAUCCAGCUGAUAACAGCCUGAAGAGUUCAGGUGUUCCUUUGGCAUCUGACAGGAUGGAACCGAUACCUCCAUCAAGCCCUGUGCUGGAUCCAUCCAAAAAGUUUUUCAAAACUCAACGCACCUUGAAAAUCAACUCAAAUGCAACAGUCACUGUUGACAAGAAUAUCAAGUUGAAGGUCAGUAAUGGUAAAUUCUUCCUCAGUAAGCCCAAUGCAAAAUCGAGGUCAUGCAAAUUUCCAAAAAAGGAUUUAUUGGAGUCUUGCCAGAAUAGGAAGGAAUUUGCUGAGAACAGCAUUGCUGAAGUAGUGCAAGAAAGAGUCCAUGACAAUGUUGAAAUCCUGCUGAAGAACUUGGAAGAGAUUUCAGAGAAGGACACUCUGCCAGCUGUAAGAGACAUACCGAGCCCUGACCAUCACAUUUCCUCAAUCACUGCUUCAGCUUCAUCAUUGGCCAUAGAUGAUGGCCCACAACCUAAAGAACCACGUACAUCUCAGACUUUCUCUUGUCCAUCAUAUGGUAAUGCUUUUGAAGCUGGUGUAGAAGAUAACUCUGAAAACUUGCAAGAAAAUCAGACCAAAUUUUUGUUUGUAAAUACCCAAGAAGAUGAUAAACCCAGUGCAGAAGGAGGGGAUGGUAAUAAAUAUUUUCCUAUUUUCACCAAAAGCCCAUCCAAUAGGAAAAUUGCAGAUGUGACCAAUGUGAAGAGAGUGCGUGCAAACAAGCGACCAUGGAGGUCAAUUGGAGAUAACCAGUACAUCAUUGAUGCAGGUCAGAAGAAGUUUGGUGCAACACAGUGCAAAGAAUGUUGCAUUGUAUACCAAAUUGGAGAUCCAGAUGAUGAGAUGUCGCAUCAGAAGUACCACAACAGUGGCCAUGACCUGAAGUACACUCCAUGCAAACAGGAACGAGUAGUUGCCUACUAUGGAACAGAACGAGUGAUCCUCAUCAAACCCAGUGAUUCCAAGCCCUGGCUCAAUAAAAUGAAGAAUGUAUUGAACGUAGUAGAUAAGGAGCUGGGAUAUGUAGAUGCAGAACUUGGGAACCUCAGUAAUAGCCAGAUCUACCUUUACGUGACAGACAAGCAAGUGAUUGGCUGUGUGGUGGCCCAUCCAAUAAAAUUUGCGUACAAGAUGUUGAACAGUGUGAUUGAAGGCUGCGAUUGUUGCUCUGAGGAAUCAUAUCCAGCCAAAUGCGGUGUCAGUCGAGUAUGGGUAGCCAAGAAUUACAGAAGGAAGAAAAUUGCCUCAAAAAUGAUGGAUUGUAUGAGAUCCAGUUUCUUACAUGGAUAUGUCCUAGGAGUGGAUGAGUUUGCAUUUUCAGCACCAACCCUUGCUGGAAAAGCCUUUGCUGAAAAAUACACAGGCACUGAGAAUUACUUGGUUUAUACAUAAAGUUUUUUUGAAGACAGAAUUAACAUAAGACUUCUAAAAAUAGUUUGUACCCUACUGUUAUAAUGUAUUUAACCCUUUCCUGCAAGCAGUUAUCUUCCAUGUUCAGCCCACACAAAGCUCCAAAGACAUUUUUAUGCCAUUUUAAAAUCAUAUACCCUAAUUUUCUAAUAUGACUAAAAAGGGAAGUGAAAUAACACAAUUUAUUCCUGACAUUUCUGUAAAUGUUUUAUCUUUACAUUUUGAGGACAUGCUAUUUCUUUAACCCACCAAAAUUGAAAAUACUUCUAUGUUCAGAGCCUUUUUGCCUUCUAUGUAUGUCAUGGGGGUGGAAUGUUGUUGCUGUUCUAGCAUUCUGUAGGUUUGCUGUUGUCUGGAGCUGAACCAUGUUUGAACAUUUCCUGGCUUUCACACACAGCCCAACUAUUAUUGCUGUUCUAAGAACAGAGACAUCUUAUCUGACAUCAAAUCAUAUGUACAGAAAUGUCACUGCCAGGCCAUUAGUUGCUCAAAAUUAAGUGUACUAGAUCUAAGCUGGUUUAGAUAACCAGUACACUAUAGUUUGGGUAGAAUUUUUAUGAUUAUACAACCAGUUUGACAAUAUUCCUGUGAGAAUAUGCAUCAUUUGAUACUUCCAGGUGAAUCAGCAGGCAGUUGACUGUUAAAACUCUAUGAAGCAAUCAAAUAUUCACAUUUGAAAUUUAUCCAUUUCUCUCAUUCUUUCUGUGUACACACAGUACACUGCAGAAAGUGAAACAAGUGAGAUGAAACUGUCUUAUCACCUAAAUUUCUUAUUUGUGUGCCUGCUUCCUGGACAUGAAUUUCCUAUGCCAUGAUUUCUGUUCAGUGAUACUGGCCACACCCAUGUUUCAUGAAUUAAUACAGCUCAUGGGUGAGGUAUUUCAACUGUCUGGUUAUCUUCACCAGUUUUCUUAUUCGUCUCAUCAGGCUUAAUUUGUGAUACACAGAGUACAUCAUGCUUUGCUGACCAUGCUGUGACCAUGACUCCCUACUAUUCAGUAGCAGAUCCCUUAGCUAAGGUUCACUGGAUCAAUAUUUCCUUCCUGCUUAAACAGUUCCACAAUUACAUCUUUCUUUUGAGAAGUAUUUUUGUUAGUCUUGUAGACAAACAAAUUAUCAAGAAGAUAUACUGUUUCUCAAAAUAGUACUUUUUACUCAUUUGCAAAAGAACUUUGCUUCUCGGUUCUAACUUCCUGGAGCUGAACCUUUCUUGAGAAGCAUCCAAUUGUGCAGCUACCAAGAACUUCCCAGCAUUUUAUAGAACCCAAAGGUUCAUUACCAUGUUCAGAAGAGCCCUUUACUGGUUCCCUUUCCUGUUCCACAUGAAUCCAGUCCAUACCACCCCAUCCUAUCUAAGAUCCAUUUUAAUAUUAUCCACCCACCUACAUC